AUAAGCAAGGGGGAUGAUUAGAGCACCUCAAUACCCAUCGUUGCGUGUAGUAUUGUACAAGUUGCGGAGCUUUGUGCAUUUGUUAGGAAGUGCAUUUUCGGGGAAUUACGCAUCCUCCGAAGGAGAAGAUUAAAAAAAAUCGUCGCGGCAAGAAAGCUCUCGCGGAGUGAUUUCUUAUCUUUGGGGAGUUGAACGAAGAAAAAAAUCACAUCAUCGCAAUUCUAUUUGUGCGGUGGGGUGUCGAGUAGAGGUGCUCCCCAGCUACUGGAUCCCAGUCUUCGCUCGCAACUCUGUGAUUAAUGAUGUGAAUUAAGUUUGCAAAUUUUCAAUUACGAGAAUACUCUGCGGAUUAAGUUUUUUUCCUCCUUAUCGUUGGCAUUUUUUUUUUAAAUAUUCAAUACAUUUUCCCAUUUGUUGGAAAAUUGGAAGAGAAUUUUUUGCAAGGGCGCGAAUUUUAUGUGGAAAAAGGACGAUGAAGUUGAUUAAUUUUUCGAGUAUCAAUCAUCAAUUUGUGGCAGUGUUCUGUGUGAAUAUUAUUAGUUUAGCACACGGAUCGUGUAUUGGAUGGCUAUCGCCCUUCUUACCCAUCCUCUUGUCGGACGCCAGUCCCCUUGCCACAGGGAAGAUUUCCAUGGAUGAAGCAUCCUGGAUUGGGGCAUUGCUGUGUGCUGGUGGGAUUUGCGGAUGCGCCGUGUAUGGAAGUUUGGCCACACGAUGUGGGCGCAAAACAACCAUCUUGUUGCUAGCUGUGCCUCACAUUGGCUUCUGGCUGUGCGUCAUCUUUGCCGAUUACGUGUACCACCUGUACUUGGCCCGAUUUCUUGCCGGUGCUACCGGUGGUGGCCUCUACAUUAUUAUACCACUCUUCAUAGCCGAAAUUGCUGAUCCUAGCAUCCGUGGGCGUUUGGGAGCAAUUCUUCCGCUUGCCGUCAGCAUGGGAAUUUUCAAUGGAUUCGUCGCUGGCACCUUCAUUCACUACGGCUAUAUCCCCUACCUGAUGCUCAGUCUCUCCGUGAUUUUCUUGCUGACGGUCACUGUCCUCCCUGAAACCCCACUGAGUCUGCUCAAAGCCAACAGAAUAACCGAUGCAGAGACAUCCUUUCGAUUCUACAAGAAUGUCAGUGAAAAUGCUGUGGAUAAUAAAAUCAAGGAAGACUUCCAGAGGGUCAGGGAGCAGCAGAUGAAGAGUCAGAGUCGCGAGGAGAAACUCCAAUUCAGUGAUUUCACCACACCAGCUGCCAAGAAGGGCUUUAUCAUUGGAGUGGGUCUUAUGCUCUUGACCCAAUUUUGCGGAUGCUUUGCUUUUGUGAACUACACAGCAACAAUCUUCAAAGAGUCUGGCUCAGAGUUGGAUCCGAAUAUUUCGUCAAUUGUCCUGGGAAUGGUUCAAAUUUUCGGUACAUACACUUCGACGAUUUUCGUAGAUCGCGCCGGAAGGAAAACCCUGCUGCUGAUAUCUUCCGUGGGGGCUGCCAUAGGGCUUAUCCUCAUGGGUACAUAUUCAUUCUUCAAAUUCCAAGGGUAUGCGCUGGCAUUUCUCGACUGGGUACCCGUAGUGACCCUCUCCCUUGUCAUCUACAUCUCAUCCGUGGGUAUUCUAGCUCUUCCCUACAUUGUUCUCACUGAGGUGCUUCCCUCGAAGAUAAGAGCCGUUGGAUCCAGUUUCUGUUUAGUCACGAUAAGCAUCUCAGCGUUUGUCAUCUUAAAAGCGAUGCCGAUCCUCAUGACGACAAUUCAGUUGUUUGGGUGUCUGUGGCUCUUUGCGGGCUUCUGCAUUAUUGGUGCCAUCUUCAUUGCUCUCGUUGUGCCAGAAACCAAAGGGAAGGUCCUGGAUGAUGAUGCACCCAUCAACAAGGAACUUCAACCGACAGCGUGAUAGAGACAAUACAACUUAGGAUAGACUGAUUCUAUUUAAUUUUAUAUUAAACUUUCGAAUUUAUAAAGACCAUUAAGUUAUUUAUAAAAAAAAAUCUAUCUAUUAUUCUUAGAUUUAGAUAUGUAAAUUUGUCUCUAUGUAAUCGAUAUUCUAUAUAAUUUAAAUAAAAUAAAUUGUAACUAUCCAA